CGUAUUGAAACUCAAGCACUCACGAUAAUGGUUCGUCUGGGUCUUUUGGAGAUCCUUGUGAUCCUUCUGGUCUGCAGUGCCUAUAAUCCCAGUUCUGCAAUUCGAUCGGCGCAACUUAGUGAGAAGCAAUUGGAAUGGAUAACGAAAUCGGGAGGAGUUAACUUCCAAAAUCGUGUAAUUAAUGGCGAGGAUGCGGAGUUGGGCGAGGCCAAGUACCAGAUAUCGCUGCAGGGAAUGUUCGGCGGUCACAUAUGCGGUGGAUGUAUUAUCGAUGAACGACAUGUCCUGACGGCGGCCCACUGUGUCUAUGGAUAUAAUCCCCCUUACCUGCGAGUGGCCACAGGAACGAUUCGUUGGGCCGAACCGGAUGCCAUGUAUUUCGUAGAGGAGUAUUGGGUACACUGCAACUACAACAGUCCAUCGUACUACAAUGAUAUCGCUCUGAUUCGGCUGAACGAUACGAUAAAGUUCAAUGAGUACACUCAACCAGCAGAGCUGCCCUCUGCGCCGCUGGCCAAUGGGACGCAAUUGCUGCUCACGGGCUGGGGAUCCACGGAACUGUGGGGCGAUACCCCCGAUGUGCUGCAGAAGGCGUACCUCACGCAUGUGGAUUACCCAACUUGCCAGGAGAUGAUGGACAACGAUCCCCUGAAUGGGCCUUGCCAUGUCUGCACUCUGACGUCCGGUGGACAGGGAGCUUGUCACGGCGACUCCGGUGGUCCAUUGACCUCAAAUGGAGUGCUCUACGGACUAGUUAACUGGGGCUAUCCCUGCGCCCUUGGAUAUCCCGAUAGCCACGCCAGCGUUUACUAUUAUCGGGAAUGGAUCAGAAGCAUGAUCUCGGGACCUUGCAGCACCUGCCACUGCUACGCCAGCAACUAUUAAUGAUGGUAAAGGAACACGUUUAAGUUGCUCGAUCAACUUAGAUACAAAAAAUCGCCUAGGUAAGGUAAUACUUUAACUAAUUUGUUUAAAUAAAAGUCAAAAGGCGGCAAACGCCGUGUAAUAAUAAGAAUCAAAA